CAUCAUCGGAUAGCAGAUCUCUGAACCGAUUCACCAUUCUCCGGUUCCGGCUCUCGCGCACACAUCCCACUUCCUCGUGCACUCUCUCUGAUCUUCGCGGAAACAUGCCUAAUAUCAAGAUUUUUAGCGGCAGCUCCCACCAGGAUCUGUCUCAGAAGAUCGCGGACCGUCUCGGACUUGAGUUAGGAAAAGUGGUGACGAAAAAGUUCAGCAACCAAGAGACGUGCGUGGAGAUCGGAGAGAGUGUGCGUGGAGAGGAUGUGUACAUAGUCCAGAGCGGCUGUGGAGAAAUCAAUGAUAACCUGAUGGAGCUUCUGAUUAUGAUAAACGCCUGCAAGAUUGCAUCGGCCUGCCGAGUCACAGCGGUCAUCCCCUGCUUCCCUUACGCCCGGCAGGACAAGAAGGACAAGAGUCGUGCACCUAUUUCUGCCAAGUUGGUGGCAAAUAUGCUGUCGGUGUCUGGAGCUGACCACAUCAUAACCAUGGAUCUGCAUGCAUCUCAGAUACAGGGUUUCUUUGACAUUCCAGUAGAUAACUUAUAUGCAGAGCCUGCCGUUCUGAAGUGGAUCAAGGAGAACAUCCCCGAGUGGAAGACCUGCACCAUCGUGUCUCCUGACGCUGGAGGAGCCAAGAGGGUCACCUCCAUUGCAGACCGGCUCAAUGUUGACUUCGCCCUCAUUCACAAAGAAAGGAAGAAGGCCAACGAGGUGGACCGCAUGGUUCUGGUGGGAGACGUGAAGGACCGCGUGGCCAUAUUAGUGGAUGAUAUGGCAGACACCUGCGGCACCGUCUGCCACGCUGUUGAUAAGUUAAUCUCCGCAGGAGCGGUUAAAGUGUAUGCCAUCCUCACCCAUGGCAUCUUCUCCGGUCCAGCCAUUUCACGCAUCAACAACGCCUGCUUCGAGGCCGUAGUGGUGACCAACACCAUCCCUCAGGAGGACAAGAUGAAGCACUGUCCCAAAAUACAGGUCAUCGAUAUUUCCAUGAUCCUGGCCGAGGCCAUCCGCAGGACGCACAACGGCGAGUCCGUGUCGUAUCUGUUCAGCCACGUUCCCCUGUAAGGUCUUCCCCCGAACGAGGCUCAUACACUCUCCAGAUCUCUGUUACACUCUGUGACUGUGGAAGAGCCAGUCACAACCUCAUUUAUUUAUUCGCAUCCGUUUGUAUCAAUUCCUGUGCUUUGAGAAAAGUAAAGUCACGUGAUGAAUGAAGCGGUGGAGAAAUGACUUGGAAAUCAUUUUUGAAGAAAACCGGUGGACACGCAUUCUCCUGAAUUGUAAGACGCAGAUUGAAGAGGUUUUUAGCCCGUGCCUUCUCAGGCUGCAGCUCAAUGGUAGAUUCUUAACAAAACAUUGGUUUUAUUUCACUUUCCUGGUUUUGCUUUUUAAUUGUUUUAAUAACUCUUUGUAAAUGAACAUUUCUUUGAAUAAAAAAAAUAUCAUUUUGGU